AUGUACACUCGCAAUGGAAGUAUUUUCGUGCUAGCCCUAGCAGUGCUAGCGUCCACAACAUCCACAGCCAAUGCACGCACCCGAGGAUUGUCCCAACAAACACCAUCCCUCCGCGAACGACCUGCCCGUCAAGCCAUGGAAUCCGUUGUCCAACUCGAAGAACGACGAACAUGCGUUCCCUUUAGCGAAGUCACCAACAUUUCCAUUGAAGCCCGCUAUGCUCAAUUGGCAGAGGGAUGCUCGCCCGAGGCUUGUUCCGGAGCCACUAGCUGUUGUCGUGUCUUGGGCAAUGGCCUCGUCUGCGAUGCCACUAAUGCGUAUCCCUUUUCGGCCUGUGUCUGUAACGAUUACACCCGCACACGAUCUCCGACACGAGCUCCCAGUUCGACACCACCACCUGCACCUACCCCAACUAAUCCUCCUAUUAAUACUGGUGGUGAUUCUACUGGUGGAACUGAUAGUGGUACUGAUAAUGGUGGAACUGAUACUGGUGGCACUGAUACUGGUGGAGACAAUGGAUCUACUGGUGGCGACAACACUGAUACUGGUGGUUCUACUGGCGGAAACACUGGCGGAGACAGUGGAUCCGAUACUGGUGGAAAUACCGGAGGCGACACUGAUGGAAGCACUGGUGGCAACACUGAUGGAAGCACUGGUGGCAACACUGGUGGAAGCACUGGUGGCAACACUGAUGGAAGCACUGGUGGCAACACUGGUGGAAGCACUGGUGGCAACACUGGUGGAAGCACUGGUGGCAACACUGGUGGAAGUACCGGAGGCAACACUGGUGGAAACACUGGUGGAAGUACCGGAGGCAACACUGGUGGAAACACAGGUGGGGAAACUGGUGGAAACACUGGUGGAGACAACGGAAGCACCAAUGGCGAAACUGGUGGAAACACUGAUGGUAACACUGGGCAUGCAACCGAUAAUGAAAGCGACAACACGGAUAACUCCAAUACCGACACUAGCGGCAACACCGAUGGUGGUGGUGCGUUUGAUCAAAUCAACAAGAAUGCCGAAAGCGCUCCGGAAGACGAUGACAAAUGGUGGAUGGAUCCCGUCCUCAUGGGAGGUGUUGGUGCCGGUGUCUUGGUCUUGUGCAUCGGUGUUUUGAUGCUCACACACAAAUUCCGAAAGGAAACUGCCAGGCCCCGCCGGUCUCGUCCCGUCAAAUCCUUGGCGGCAGGAGACGGCAAUGCUGGUGGCGACCGACGCAUCGACCAACACGUCGAGUUGGAAUCGGUCCAAUCCGAUUACGAAUUGAACGAACUACCACCGGCCGACGAAGAAGAGUUUUCGCAAUCGCACCAGUCCCAACAAUCCAAAAAGAAUGACAACAAAUGCUGUCAAACGCCCCAAGCCUGCAAUGACUUUGGCAGCUGGAUGGACACCAUGUGUGCUCCCAAGCGGGCGAGGUCCUACGACACCAAAGACACGGCGAACUUGUAG